AUGAAUACUUUACUUCUUAUUUUCUAUUUAAUCAAAUUAACAAGUUCAAUAAGUCUUCAUUUUCCAAAUCCAUUACAACGUUUUGUUUAUGAUGAUUUAACUGAUACAAUUAUUUUAGCAUCUGUAAAUCAUCUAUAUUCAUUAAAUGCAAGUGAUCUAUCAAUUCUAUCUGAUAUUGAUCUAUCACCAUCAAAAACAGAUCAUAAUUGUUUAAUAACAAAUAAAACUUUUUUAUCAAAAAAUUUUUAUUAUUUUUCUACAUCAUCAUAUUUAAUACCAUCAAUAAAUAAUACAUUUAAUCAAUUACUUCUAUUAACUAAUAAUUCAAUAUUAAUAUGUUCAACAACAAAUCGUGGUGGUUCCUGUCAAUUACGUUCAUUAAUUAAUCUUAAUUUAAUUAAAAAUUCUUCACAACGUGUUGUUUCAUCAUCACCAUUUUAUCCAUCAAUUGGUUUUAUUAAUAAAAAUAAUCGAAUAUUAUAUAUAUCAAACACAUAUGAUUCAAUAUGUGAUCCAUUUUAUGAAAUUCCAACAAUAAGUGGUCGUGAUUUAAUUCAUAAUGAAUUUUUAUCAAUAAUUAAUUUAAAUUCUGGUCAAUCAGCAUUACAACAAUCAACAUAUACAUUACGUUUAUUAAAUAUACGUCUAAUCAAAGAUUUUUUUCUUCAUUAUUUAUAUGCAUUUGAAUAUAAACAUUUCUCAUAUUUUUUAACUAUACAACAAUCUGAUAUUCAUCAUACAGGAAAAUAUAAAUUACAAACAAAAAUUUUACGUUUUUGUCAAACAUUAAAACAAUCGAUUAUUAAAAGUUAUGUUGAAUUACCUAUAACAUGUGGAAAAAACUAUCAUUAUUUAAUAACUGCAAAAUUUUCAAAUGAAAAAAAUAUUGUAUAUGGACUAUUUCGUAAUACAACAUUAGCAAAUUUGACUAGUACAUCACAUGCUAUAUGUACAUAUUCAAUUGAUUCUAUACAAGAAGCAUUUUUUCAAACAAUAAAACGUUGUCUUGUUGAUGGAAAAGGUUAUCGUGGUUUAGAUUUUAUUAGCCCUGAUACACAUUGUAUACCGAGUAAAAAUUUAAAUGAUAUCAAUGAGGAUUAUUGUCCCGAUGAGAAUGAUAGGUUUUUUCAAUAUCCAAUUGGUGGACAUCAAUUAAUUGAACAAACUCAACCGAUUAUUGAAUUACAUGAUACAGUAAAUUUUACAACAAUUGAAAUCGGUUCAAGUGAAAAUGAUACGAUAAUCUUUGUGGGUGAUGAUAAUGGAACUGUACAUACGAUAAUUAAACAAAACUUAAGUAUAUGUGAACAGUACACAACAUGUAAUCAAUGUUCAAAUGUUGCACUUUGUCAUUGGUAUUCCAAAGAGAAUAAAUGUACAGCUACAUAUGAACGUGUUCAUGAUAAUCGAAGAAAUAAUAGAAUUAAUAUGUGUACACAUAUCGAACGAGUUAUUCCACAAACAAUAUCAUUAAAUACAUUAAAUACUGAAUUACAAGUUGUUUUCAAUAUUCCAUUACAAAAUAAUAAUGUCGAUGAAUAUAUGUGUCGAUUCAGUGUUAAUGAUCAAGAAGAACUGUAUUAUACAAAUGCAAUUCUUAAUCAUAAUAUAGUAAAAUGUUUUCCACCUAUAUUAAACAAUACGAAUCGAGCUAUUUAUAAUAUUAUUUUAUCAAUUGAUCAUAAAAGAACAAAUGUAAUAUUUGGAUAUUAUAAUUUAAUAUUUUUAAAUUGUUCAAAUUUUCAUUCAUGUUCAUCUUGUACAUUAUAUUCAAAUUUAUGUUUAUGGAAUCACGGAAUAGUAAAAUGUGUUUUUCAACAAGAUGAUGAAUUCAUAUCAUCAAAUAAUCAGUCUUUUAUAAUAAAUUCUAAUCAGUGCCCAUUGAUGUAUUUACAACAACCUAUAAAUCGUCUAGUUUAUCAUAUUGCUAAAACAUUAAUUAUUCAUAUUGAACAAUGUAGUCAAUCGAUAGAUAUUGAUUCUUGUCAUUUGUAUGAUUAUCGAAAACGUUUUUCAUUGAUUGAAACACAACCAAUAUUAAUUCGAUCAAUAAAUGAAAGUAAUUUAUGUUCAUUAAAAUGUUUAUUUCAAUGGUCGAAUUCGAAUAAUUUUCAUCAAAUAUCAUUUCAUCGGCCAUUAAAUCUUCAUUUAUCGAUACAGUUUUCCAAUAAAACAAUAUCUAUGAUACCACAUACUCAUAUUUCCUUAUAUCAUUGUGAACAUAUGGCAUUAAAUUGUACAUCAUGUUUGCAACUUGAUCCAUCAUAUGAAUGUAGUUGGUGUAAUAAUAUGUGUAUGUUUAAAAAUCAAUCAGAAAAAUGUUCAAACAAUCAAGAAUGUUUAUUACCAGUUAUUCAAACAAUUGAACCAUUGAUUUUACCAAUGAAUGGUGGAACAUUAGUAACAAUUAAAGGGAAAAAUUUUGAUUUAUUUGGUCUAUCAAUUCAAAUAGCAAAUAUACCUUGUCAAUUGAUCGAAGAAGAAAGCUCGAAUAAUAAAAUCGUAUGUCAAUCAGGUAAUGCUGGAUUAAGGUUUCUUACUGGUGUUGUUGGUCUGGCAUUUGGUCUUCAUGGUCCACGAAUUUCUUCUCAACAAAUAAUUUCUUAUAUAAAUCCAAAAAUAAAUUCAAUUGAACCACUUGUCGGUAUUCAAAGUGGCGGAACAGUUUUAACAAUAUGCGGUGAAAAUUUCACUAUAGGUAAUAGUCAUAUAUCAGUCUUUAUUGGAAAUCGUUCGUGUCAACUAUUAUCGAUAUCUGAAACAAAAAUUGAAUGUGAAACAAAAUCAUUUCCUCGUUCAAUGGUAUAUGAAAAUCAAACAAUAAAAAUUCUUUUUGAUCGACAAACAAAAUUGAUGUACAAAUAUUUUUUUACUAUUGUUCCAAAUCCAAUUCUAUAUUCUUUUGAUAAAAAUGAUCAAUAUAAAAGUUUUAGAAGUGGUGGUCACGAAAUAAUUAUUUGUGGUGAAAAUUUUAAUAUAAUACAAAAUAUUCAAUUAGAAUAUAAGCAUUUUCUAUUUGUUUCACCUUUAUUUCGUAACAAUACACAUUUAAUAUUCUUAACACCAUCAAUUGAAGAACUCUAUUUAAAUAAUGAACAACAAAUUGAAAUAAAAAUAUAUCUAGAUAAUUUUAAUAAAACAUCAUCAUUAAUUUAUAUUAAUGAUCCAAUUAUUGAUAAGCUCGAACCUAUAUUACAAACAUAUACAAAUGAAUUAACAAUUCAAGGUAUAAAUUUAACUGCUAUUGGACAUACAAAAAAUCAAAUUAUUGUACAUAUUGGUUGUGAUAUAUGUACUGUUAUUCAUCUUCAAGUUGAUAAAAUUAUUUGUCAACCACCACGAUAUCGUCCAGAAAAAUAUUCGAAAACAAAACGUCUUUGUUAUGAUUCAGAACAUCCAUCAAUUAUCGUUUCUAUUGAUAAUAUACAUACACAUAUUGGAUUCAUGGUUUAUCCAAAAAAACUUAUUAUUCUCGGUGUUGUAAGUGGAUGUUUAUUUACAAUAUUAUUUAUUGUUUUGAUCAUUCUUCUAAUCGUAUCUUUAAAAAUUCGUUAUGCUCAACGAAAAUCUUCUCAACGAUAUUUUUAUACAAAUAGUAUAAUGCCUCAUGAAAUUCAAAAAGAUAAACUUAAUAAAACAAUAAAUUCAUUAUCAACAGCACUUCCAAUUCGUUCAUAUCUAAAUUAUUUACAAGUUUGUUAUUAUUAUAAUCAUUUAACAUUUAAUAAAACAAAAUAUAAUUUAAAACAAGAUAUAAUUGGUCAAUUUAAAUGUUUUAUUAAUAAUAAUGAACAAUUUAUGGAUUAUCUUUUUCAACUUGCAAUUCAAUCAAAUAAUAAAAUAAUUCUUAAUAAUCUUAUUUUAACACAAAGAUAUAAUUUAAAAAAAUUACUAAAAUUUAAUCAUCCUUUUAUUUAUUUUAAUAUAUGUAUAUUAACAUCAUAUGAUACAUUUUUAACAAAUCAAAUUCAUUUAUUAUUAUUUCAACUUUAUUCUCAAUUAAAAUUUAAAAUUUAUAGUGGACCUAUUGAUGCUAUUGAACAAACAAUAUCCUAUUAUUCAUUAAAUAUUGAUACUAUUUUACAUGAACAUUCAAUACGAUAUAAAACAAUACAAUUAAUUGUUCAUAUUGAUUUAAAUGAUAAUAAUUCAAAUGAAUUAUUAUUAAAUAUUACAUGUUUAACAUGUGAUACUAUAUCUCAAGUGAAACAAAAAAUUCUUCAUCAAUGUAAUUCAUUAAAUCAAAUAUCAGUAAAUGAAUGUAAACUUUAUUUAUUAACAAAUCAUUCAUGUUCAACUUCAUCAUCAUCAUCAUCAUCGUCAACAGCAUCAUCAAGUGUACCAUUAACAAGAAAAUCAAUGUUAACAAAAGCUCUUUAUAAUCGUACAAUAAACUAUUCCACAGCAAUAAUCAAUGAUUCAUAUCGUGAUUCACAUAUUUUAUUAUUAAAUGAUAUUGAUAAUACAAAUGAACAAGUAAAUAAUGGAAAAAAAUUAAAUACUUUACAACAUUAUGGAAUUAUUACAGAUGGUUAUGAAGUUAAAUUAGUUUUAUCAAAGAAACAAAUUAAUGAUGUUAAUAAUAGUUCAAAUACGAGAAACACUCUUCGAUAUUCUUGCCAUUAUUGUUCAUUAUCAACAUCCAAUGAUAAAAUAAUAUUUAAUUAUCUAACAUCACUUCCGUUAUCUAAUGUAGAGACAUGUUUAUUAUAUGAUCGAACACAUUAUAUUCAUUUAUUAAAUCAUACCUACGAAGAAAUAGAUGGGGAAUUAGGUAAUUUAUUAAUGAAUAAUAAUUGUAAUGAAACAUUUCGUUUAUUUGAAACAAAAUCAAUGAUAAAUUCAUUAUUAAUGAAGUUAAUUGAAAUUUUAUUUAUAAAUCUUAUUCAUAAUGAUACAUUUUUGAGUGAAUUAAUGGAACAAUAUUCACAAGUUUUUCAUCAAUAUUAUGGUCAUUUUAUUCCAUUUAUUUUUCAAAAUUUUGAUUGUUUAUUCGAUAUAUCAACUAAUAAAUGUUUAAAUAGUUCAUUAAAUAUUCUUGCAAUGAUUUUUCAAAUAGCUUGUUGUCAAGAAUAUGAACCAGAAUGUUCAUUAUGUAUUGAAUUAUUAAAUAAUAAGAAUUCUAAUUCUACUAUACAAAAUUGUACAUUAUUGUUUGCUGAUGAAAUACAACGUGUUCGAUUAUAUUAUUCAAAUUUAGAACAAUCUUUCAAUAAUAGAAACUCAUCAUCAGAAUAUUCAUCAACAUAUACAGGCAUUGAUAAAGAAUUUGAAUUAGAUAAUUCAAUUUAUUAUAAUCUCUUUGAAUAUUCUUGUUUACAUACUAAUGAGAUAAUUGAACAUUUGAAACAUCAAUCAGCUGAUACUCAUACUUUAUCUAUAUUUCUUAGUCUCGUCAAAAUAUUUCGAUCAAUUGAAUGA